CCAUUUUUCUCAUAUCAGUAAUCAAACAUGUCUUCUUUCUACACUUUGAUGAUUCCAUCCCUAAUACUCUUAACUAUUUUAAGAACAACCCUUUUCGUCGGAGCUAAGAUUCCGGCGAUUAUUGUGUUCGGAGACUCAUCAGUCGAUUCCGGCAACAAUAAUGGGAUUUCGACACUUUUGAAAAGUAAUUUUGCUCCUUAUGGAAGAGAUUUCUAUGGAGGAAAACCAACGGGAAGAUUCUCCAACGGUAGGAUUCCGCCGGAUUUUAUAUCGGAAGCUUAUGGACUCCGACCGUUUGUACCGGCUUAUUUGGAUCCCAUGUUUAAUAUUUCCGAUUUUGUUACUGGUGUUUGUUUUGCUUCUGCUGGUACUGGAUAUGAUGAAGCAACUUCUCAAGUUCUGUCUGUGAUACCUCUCUCGAAAGAAAUUGAAUACUUCAAAGAAUAUCAACAAAAACUAAAGGCGUAUGUAGGCAAUCAAAGGGCUACUUCAAUAAUUUCCGAGUCCCUCUACCUCGUAAGCAUAGGUACCAACGAUUUUCUCGAGAAUUACUACCUUCUCCCAAACCGUCGAUCCCAAUACAACAUCGAUCAGUACCAGAAUUUUCUUGCGGGGAUCGCAGAAGGUUUCAUAAGAACACUUUAUGAUUUGGGGGCUCGAAAAAUCUCAUAUGGAGGCUUACCUCCAAUGGGAUGUCUACCACUAGAAAGAACUACAAAUGCAAUUAUUGGAGGCCAAGGGGCAGCAUGCAUAGAAAGUUAUAACAAUGUGGCAUUGAAUUUUAAUGGAAAAUUAAGCGGUUUGAUUGGUAAAUUGAACAAGGAGCUUCCGGGAGUAACAAUCGUUUUCGCUAAUCCAUAUUACGCCUUGUAUGAUAUGAUCGCGAAACCUUCUAUAUACGGAUUUGAGACGGUUGCUGUUGCGUGUUGUUCAACCGGGCUAGUCGAAAUGAGCUAUAUGUGCGACCAGUAUAACCCUUUUACUUGCGCGGAUGCAAAUAAAUUUGUGUUUUGGGAUUCAUUUCAUCCUACGGAUAAGACAAACCGGAUCGUAUCUUAUGGUUUAUAUAAUGAAAUCUUAAAACAUGUUUUUCCUAAUUAAUUAAUUUAUGCAUGCAUAUAUUAUCUUCAAAAUAAAAAUAGUUAUUAAAGUAUGUGUAUGAAUGUAUUUCCUUUUUCUAUAGUAUUGUAAUAUAUUUUGCUACAAUUAGUAAUAUUGGCCAUAGUAUUAUUU